UGACAAGAGAGACCGAAAAAAAAUGACCAAGAACGAGAUACAGGAUUACUCAAAAGCAACCGGCCGCGACGUCCGCCUCGCGGCACGCUCUGGCGAUUUAACAACCCCAACAACGGGCCUCGCAGCAGGCUAUCUGCAGGCAAAUCUCAUAAUACUUCCCGCCAAUUACGCAGACGACUUCCGUCAGCUGUGCCAACGUAAUCCAGUACCUUGCCCUUUGCUUGCGGAGUCAGCCUCGCCGGGGGACUUUAGAAAUCUCAAGUCUCACAUCCCCGGGAUAUCGGGGCAGCAAAUAGCGAGCGAUCUAGACCUAAGGAAAGACGCGCCUCGAUACGUGGUCUACAAGGAUGCCGACGAAGUCAAGGGCCAGAAAGGGUGCCUGGAUAUCGAAAGGUGGUGGGCAGAUGACCACAUCGCCUUCUUGAUUGGAUGUUCGUUCUCGUUUGAGAACGCGUUGAUGGAGAAAGGCUUGGUGGUGAAGCAUAUACUCCAUGGGAGGAACGUGUCGAUGUAUCGGACGACCAUGCCGUUGUGUGACGCGGGGCGUUUUCAGAAGCGAUCCUACGUUGUCUCCAUGCGGCCGUACGAGCUUGGGGAAGUCGAGGCUGUCAAGGCAGUCACGCGUCCCUUCGGUCUCACACAUGGCGAGCCGUUGGGCUGGGGCUGGCAAACCGCAGAAGCACUCGGGAUCAAGGACAUCACGAAGCCAGAGUACGGAGAUGCGCCGGUUUGCGCGGACGGAACCCCAUUCACACGAGAUUCUCGCGAAGUCCCCGUGUUCUGGGGAUGUGGGGUCACGCCUCAGAAUGCCGUGGUAGGUAAUUCGAUUUCUGGUAUUGUGCUCGGCCAUCUUCCGGGACACAUGCUCGUCUUGGACCUACGAGAAGAAGACGUGUUUAAGAGAUAAGGCUGCGGAAAGCCAGGGUUCGUGGUUUGUAGAGUGAAAUUGGAAAAAUCUCUGUUAAACAUCCAUUUGAAGGACUCGUGACAGCAACGGACAAGGAGAAGCUAUGCGUGAAUAUUGCCAAUCGGAAACACUAAUAAGUCAAAAUAGGCGAAGAGCAAAGAAGAACAAGUGUAAUCACCGAGCUUUCAUUCGAUGAGCCCAAUCAUCAUACCCAUACGUUUUAUAAGC